AUGUGUGCUACAAACGUGACAGCAUUGGGAAAAUAUGUUCCAUGGCCGUUGACCUUUUGUAAAAUAUCAUCGUUGAAAAUGUUGUGCCCGACUCAUGUGAAAUCACUGCCCUCUGAACUCUCCCCUUCCUGCUCGUAUCGACUCGGUCGGAUACGUCGACUGACAAACUACUGGUCUGAGACGAUGAACAAGUCGAAUCCAUGUCCUCGACCGGGCAUGGAUGUUGCGCGACCAACUGAAAAUAGACAACCGAAAGAUACCAAAUUAUCCCGUCGCCCGUACACAGAAGCAGAACUGGCUGCUGCGGUUCGAGCAAUUUGCUUCGAUCGUCUUGGUACUCGGCGUGCAGCCAGUGUUUACGGGAUUCCUCGAUCCACGUUACGUAAUAAGAUAUGCAAACUGAACGAGUUGAAGAAGCGUGAAGAAGAACGAUUGGGUGGAAAAUCGAUCGUGAUGGCGGAUUUUUUGCAUAGCUUGAUACGAUCACAGAAGGUGGAAACGCCCGAAACAACGCGUUUCCCCUGGUCGGGACAUACUGACUCAAUCAACUCUACCCGGCCAACUGUUCGUGAGACAACGGACGAUCCAGGACGUCUUUUCACAACGGCCACUCAUGUGGCAUCGAUCUUCCAGGUGUGUAAAAGGAAAGUAUCAAACAAUUCGCAGGUAUUACAACAGCAUUUUACUUUUUUGUUGUGA